AUGGUUAAACUGGAGCAAGCCUUCUGCUGCAGUCUUUUGACACCCCUGCCGGACCUGCGAGAGAAAUUUAUCGAUCUCUACCUCACCGGCUCCAACCUCAUUGCCUUGCCCCUGUUUGGGGAGACCGUAGAGACGACAGAGACGACGCCAGGCUCUCCCAAGGCCGAAUCCACCGCGGAUGCAACCGGUGUCACUGAGGUCGUCAUGUCGAGUCCAACCCCCGUUGUCAAGAGUGACCUUCUUGUUCGUCUCCUCUUUCUCCUCGUCUCCAACUCGUGGGACGAGGCGCAUUUCAAGGACGGUUUUUGGCUCCCCCUCUUUUUCGAUGUCCUCCUCUGCACCGCUGACUUCUCCAAACCAGCCCUGAUAGUGCAACCGAACGCCAAGCUCUCCUCUCCAGAUGCCUGGUCUAACAGACAGCCAGAUCCUCUUGUGCAGACUCGUGACUCCAGGGCAGACCCGCAGCCAGCACCCAAACCGGAAUCAACUGAAGCCCCACUGACGCAAACUCCACCCUCCGAUACUGAUUUUUAUCAGCUGCUUGAUCAACAGUCCUCAGCUUUUGCUGAAAUCACCUCGGUUAGUGAUGGUUGUCUAUAA